AUGCCUUCCGCGACAUUACCGCAGAAAAGGGCCUUUGGCGAGGCUUCAAGCACCCGGCGGAACAUCGCCGCAACUCCCUCUACCGCCACCACCAAGAAGCGCCGCAUCGAUGAGCCCACAUCGUCUCCAGCACAACGCUUCAAGAGCUCUCAAAAUGACAGCAAAGGCAGAAUGGCCUCGAGCCAACAGAAGAGUGUUUUCGAGAGCGAAGUGCUCGAAAGACUGAAUCAGGACAUCUCAGACCUCAAGCAAAACAACUCAGAAAAGGACCAAGCAUGGGAGCGGCCACCCAUUCCGAACGACUUCGAUCCCUCCAAGCAAAGUCUCUGCUUCCAAGCCAUCGAGGCAGAGGAGGGCACGAUCGGUGGUGGUCAACCUGCUGUGAAGCUAUUUGGCGUGACCGAGAACGGCAACUCCGUUCUUUUGCAUGUCAAAGACUUCAAGCACUACCUCUAUGUCGCGGCGCCAGUCUCGUUCGUCGUUGAGGACUGCCUUGCGUUCAAAGCAUAUCUCGAAUCGCAGAUGUCGCAAAAUCACCAAUAUCAACAGGUCAUUCAUAAUGUAUCGCUGACCAUGCGCGAGAACAUCUAUGGCUUCCAAGGGAACGUCCAAAAUCCUUAUAUCAAGGUUACGGUUACCGAUCCAAAACACAUCAACAAGGUACGCACCAUGAUCGAGAGAGGCGAGGCCAACUGGAAGGGGAUGUGGAAGCAUGAUGGCGGCAUCAUGACCUACGACAGUAUCCAGUACUUGCUUCGGUUCAUGGUAGACUGUUCGAUUGCUGGCAUGUCUUGGGUUGAAGCACCCGCCGGCGCAUAUGACCUUAUCCACAUGAACAAGCAGUCCAACUGCCAGUUCGAAGCUGUCAUCAGCUACCGAGAGCUGAUUUCGCAUAAGCCCUCUGGAGAGUGGUCUAAGAUGGCCCCUCUCCGGAUUCUCUCGUUCGAUAUCGAGUGCGCUGGUCGCAAAGGUAUUUUCCCCGAGGCCCAACACGAUUCCGUCAUUCAAAUCGCCAAUAUCGUCACCAAAUACGGAGACAAGAAGCCGUUUGUACGAAACGUGUUCUGUCUCGACACCACAAGUCCCAUUGUGGCCACUCAGAUCCUGGAGUUUAAGGACGAAGGGAAAAUGUUGGCUGCAUGGCGGGACUUCCUAGAGAAGGUUGAUCCAGAUAUCAUCAUCGGGUACAAUAUUGCCAACUUCGAUUUCCCCUAUCUCCUUGACAGGGCGAAACAUCUCAAGGUGCAUAACUUCGAAUACUGGUCUCGCACGCACGUCAAGUCGGUAGCGAAGGAAACCAACUUCUCCAGCAAGCAGAUGGGCAACCGCGACACGAAGGCCACCAACACCAACGGUCGUCUCCAGCUCGACUUGCUUCAACUGGUUCAACGUGACCACCAACUUCGCAGUUAUACCCUGAACUCUGUGUGCGCCCAUUUUCUUGGUGAACAAAAAGAAGAUGUCCAUCACUCCAUGAUCACGGAGCUUUUCGAGGGUACCCCAGAGUCGAGACGCAGACUGGCACUCUACUGUCUCAAGGAUGCCUACCUGCCACAAAGACUCAUGGACAAGCUGUCUUGCCUUGAAAACUACACCGAAAUGGCAAGAGUUACGGGGGUACCAUUCAACUUUCUCCUCGCCAGAGGUCAGCAAGUCAAAUUCUUGAGUCAGCUCUUCCGCAAGGCCCUGGAGCAAAAGCUUGUCAUUCCCAACAUGAGAUCGGAGUCAUCAGAAGAGCAGUAUGAGGGUGCCACUGUCAUUGAGCCUACAAGAGGAUACUACGAUGUCCCCAUCGCCACUCUGGAUUUCGCUUCGCUGUACCCCAGCAUCAUUCAAGCCCACAAUUUGUGUUACACCACUCUCAUCAAGAAGAAGGAUAUUGAGAGGUGGAGCUUAGUCAAGGAUGAGGACUACAUCGUUACCCCCAAUGGCGACAUGUUCGUUACCACCAAAAAGAGAAAGGGGCUGUUGGCCCAAAUUCUGGAGGAAUUGCUCUCGGCUAGAAAGGAGGCCAAGAGAGAACUUGCCGCUGAGACAGAUCCAUUCAAAAAGGCUGUGCUCAACGGUCGUCAACUAGCCUUGAAGAUCAGUGCAAACUCCGUCUACGGUUUGACUGGUGCCACCAACGGCAAACUCCCCUGCUUGGAGAUUGCUAGUAGUACCACCGCUUUCGGUCGUCAAAUGAUUGAGAGGACGAAGCACGAAGUUGAGGAGAGAUAUUGCAUCAAGAAUGGCUACAGUCAUGACGCUCAGGUCAUCUACGGUGAUACUGAUUCCGUCAUGGUCAAGUUUGGCACCAAGGAGUUGGCCGAAGCCAUGAAGCUCGGAGAGGAUGCGGCGAAUUAUGUGUCUAGCAAGUUCAUCAAGCCCAUCAAGCUCGAGUUCGAAAAGGUGUACUUUCCCUAUCUUCUGAUUAACAAGAAGCGUUAUGCUGGGCUGUACUGGACAAAGCCGGAGAAGUAUGACAAGAUGGACACCAAGGGUAUUGAGACUGUCCGUCGUGACAACUGUCUUUUGGUGCAAACCGUCAUCGAGAAGGUCCUCCGCAUGAUUCUCAUCGAUCGUGACGUCCCUGGAGCUCAAGAAUACGUCAAAGACACCAUCGCCGACCUCCUUCAAAACCGCGUCGACAUGUCUAAGCUCGUCAUCACGAAAGCCCUCACCAAAGACGACUACGCCGCCAAGCAAGCUCACGUCGAGCUCGCCCACCGCAUGAAGAAGCGCGACGCCGGUUCCGCCCCCGCCCUCGGCGACCGUGUAGCCUAUGUCAUGGUCAAAGGCGCGACUGGCUCCAAGAAUUUCGAACGCUCCGAAGACCCCAUCUACGUCCUCGAGCACAACGUACCCAUCGACACAAAAUACUACCUCGACAAUCAGCUCGCCAAACCCCUCGGCCGCAUCUUCGAGCCCAUCCUCGGCGAGACAAAAGCCAAGUCCUUGCUGACAGGUGAUCACACCCGCGCCAUCUCCGUCGCGGCACCCAAAGUAGGCGGUCUCAUGAAAUUUGCCAAGAAAACCCAAACGUGUAUGGGUUGCAAGAAACCCUUGACAGGGAAAGAAGAGAGUCGGGGCGCGGUGUGUGCCGAUGACGCGCCGAGGGUGGGUGAGUUGUACAAGAAGACGCUGGACAAGGUCAGUGAUUUGGAGGUGAGAUUUGGGCGGUUGUGGACACAGUGCCAGAGGUGUCAGGGGAGCAUGCACUGUGAGGUGAUUUGCAGCUCGAAGGACUGUCCGAUUUUUUAUAUGCGGAUGAAGGCGAAGAAGGAUCUGGAGGAUGCGAAUGGGGAGUUGGCGAGGUUUGAUUUUGAUCAGGCUGCUAUUUGGUAG